AUGGAUAUUUCAGAGUUUGAAAAAAAUUCUCUAUCCAAUAUUAUAUUACGUUCAUCAUAUAUUCCUACCACUAAUGAUAAUGAUACUGAUAAAUCAUUUUUUCUUGGUAUUGAUGAAGCCGGUCGAGGUCCUGUUCUUGGUCCAAUGGUUUAUUCGGCAUUUUUCUGUGAUGAAAAUCAACUUUCAAUUUUGAAAGAUCUCGGUUGUGCAGAUUCUAAACAAUUAACAGAAGAAAGUCGUUCAUCAAUAUUUGCUAAAUAUGAACAAUAUAAAAAUUAUCUUGGUUUUAUACUUAAAGUACUUUCACCUCAUAUGAUCUCAACAUGUAUGUUACGACGAGAUAAAUAUAAUUUAAAUGAUAUGUCUCAUGAUGCAGCUCUUGAAUUGAUACAAUUAGUUCUUGAUCAAGGUGUCAAUGUCAAGAAGAUCUUUGUCGAUACUGUUGGUAGUCCAGAUACAUAUGCAAAUAAAAUUCGUGCUCGUUAUCCAAAAAUUCAAAUAACAGUAUCAAAAAAAGCUGAUUCACUUUAUCCAAUUGUAUCAGCAUCAAGUAUUUGUGCUAAAGUAGUACGUGAUCAAAUUGUUCAAAAUUGGAAAAUACAUGAAUUUGAUGAUGAAAAAGAAUCGAUUGAAUAUGGUUCUGGUUAUCCUAAUGAUCCUAAGACAAAACAAUUUUUAAUUGAAUCUAUGGAUAAAAUAUUUGGUUUUCCAAAAUUUGUACGUUUUAGUUGGUCAACAGCAUCAACUAUUAUUGAUAAUAAAUGUAUUAAAGUAACUUGGGAUGAUCAUGAAAAUGAGAAUACAACAAGUAUAAUUCCAACAAAAAAACGUAAAUCUGAAGUAGUUGAAACAACAACAACAACAAAAACACUUUUCAGUUAUUUUUCUCAGAAAUCUGUUACUAAAAAUGAUACUGGUCAUCGACGUAUAUCGGGCAGUCAUUUUUUUCGUGCUGCUCAUCUUAAAUCAGCUAGUUUUCAUUGUAAUUAA